GAAGUGCUUCCGAGUAGGAGCGAGGUGACCCCGAGCUGCGGCGGAAACCCGCGGCAACAGCAGCCAUGGGGGCGCACCUGGGCAGGCGCUACCUGAGCGAUGGCUCCAGGGAGCCCGACCCCCUGAGGAUGCCCACCUUCCCGCCCGACUACGGCUUCCCGGAGCGCAAGGAGCGCGAGAUGGUAGCCACGCAGCAAGAGAUGAACGACGCACAGCUGGUGCUCCAGCAACGGGAUUACUGUGCCCACUACCUCAUCCGGCUGCUCAAAUGCAAGCGUGACAGCUUCCCCAACUUCCUGGCCUGCAAGCACGAGCAGCAUGACUGGGACUACUGCGAGCACCUUGACUAUGUGAAGCGCAUGAAGGAGUUCGAACGGGAGCGGCGACUACUCCAGCGUAAGCAGCGGCGAGAGCAGAGGGAAGCAAACCUGGCCAGGGGCCAGGGCACUGGAGAGGUGGCCCCAGAGGUAGCCUUGUAGUGGGCCUGCCACUACCCUGUGUCAGAAAUAAAAGCUUCCAGGCCCUCA